AGCUAUGCUAGGAGUCCCGCAAUUCCUCCGCAAUUCGACGAACAAGUCGACUGUAGGAAUGAGCAUAGCCAUGGUGCUGAUGUGGACCGUGGGCGACGUAUUCAAAACGUGCUACUUCGUUUUGAGGGAUACCCCAGUGCAGUUUCAGGUGUGCGGUGCCGUGCAAGUCACGAUCGACAUUGCCAUUUUAGCCCAAGUGUACCUCUACAAGACUAAUAAUAAUGUACAUACAAGAGCCCCAACGAGAUCGGAUUGAAGAAUCAUUUCUGGCGUGCCCAACUGAGAUAUCCACCGAAAGCAAAACUUCCCGAACAACUAUAUUUCGCCUAGGUCUAAAUAUACAGAUUUUUAACGUUUUAAUGGUGAUUUUUUUAAUGGUGAUCAAAUGGAAUAAGAAAGAAGCUAUAUUUUUAUACUGAUCAUUGCAUCGCAAAAGGACACGUUUGUAUGUAUUUAGGUUUCCUAAUAUUUACCAAACAAAGUGCAGUUAGUAUUUUGAUAUACGAAUGAACGAUUUUAGCGUCUAUCCAUAUUUAAUAUAUAAAAAUGCAAUAUAUGUGUUAUUCUUUUAUAAAAUUCAUAUCACAUUCAUUACAUUAUUCGACGCGCAAUCUAUGCCAAAUGUAAUCAUCUGUUCCUCAUUUUACGUUUAAAUAUAAUAUUUAUAUCUUAUUGAA